CUGGCGCCCUGGGCUUCCUGAAGCUGGGGCUGCAUCAUGGACCACCUCAGGGCGCCCCUCUGGCCUCGGGUUGGCCCCCUCUGUCUGCUUCUUGCUGGGGCAGCCUGGGCUCCCUCACCCAGCCUCCCGGACCCCAAGUUUGAGAGCAAAGCGGCCCUGCUGGCAUCCCGGGGCACCGAAGAACUUCUGUGCUUCACCCAGCGCUUGGAGGACUUGGUGUGUUUCUGGGAGGAAGCGGCGAGCUCCGGCAUGGGCUUCAACUACAGCUUCUCUUACCAGCUCGAGGGUGAGUCACGAAAGUCAUGUCGCCUGCACCAGGCGCCCACAGUCCGCGGCUCGGUGCGUUUCUGGUGUUCACUGCCGACCGCGGACACGUCGAGCUUCGUGCCGCUCGAGCUGCGCGUGACGGCGGCCUCCGGAUCUCCUCGCUACCACCGCAUCAUCCAUAUCAAUGAAGUUGUGCUCCUGGACGCCCCCGCGGGGCUGCUGGCGCGCCGGGCAGAGGAGGGCAGCCACGUGGUGCUGCGCUGGCUGCCGCCUCCUGGGGCACCUAUGACCACUCACAUCCGCUACGAGGUGGACGUGUCGGCGGGCAACCGGGCAGGGGGGACCCAAAGGGUGGAGGUUCUGGAAGGACGCACUGAGUGCGUCCUGAGCAACCUGCGGGGCGGGACGCGCUACACCUUCGCUGUUCGAGCGCGCAUGGCCGAGCCGAGCUUCAGCGGCUUCUGGAGCGCCUGGUCUGAGCCUGCUUCGCUGCUGACCGCUAGCGACCUGGACCCUCUCAUCCUGACGCUGUCUCUCAUCCUGGUUCUCAUCUCGCUGCUGCUGGGAGUGCUGGCCUUGCUCUCCCACCGCCGGACUCUGAAGCAGAAGAUCUGGCCUGGCAUCCCAAGCCCAGAGAGUGAGUUCGAGGGUCUCUUCACCACCCACAAGGGUAACUUCCAGGUAGGUGACCUGUUUGUCCACGCUGCUUCUGGGGCUGCCUGCGUGCUGAAGCCCAGGUCUCUGAGCAGGAGGGUGCUCUCUUCCCAGCUGUGGCUGCUCCAGCAUGAUGGCUGUCUGUGGUGGAGCCCAAGCAACUCCUUCCCAGAGGACCCACCUGCCCACCUAGAAGUCCUCUCAGAGCGCUGCUGGGGGGUGACACAGGCAGGGGAACCAGGGGCAGAUGACAAGGGGCCCUUGCUGGAGCCGGUGGGCAGUGAGCAUGCCCAGGACACCUACCUGGUAUUGGAUGAAUGGUUGCUGCCCCGGAGCCCAUGCAGUGAGGACCUCUCGGGAUCUGGGGACAGUGUGGACCCGGUGACUAUGGAUGAAGGCUCAGAAGCAUCUUCCUGCCCCUCUGACUUGGCCUCAAAGCCUAGGCCAGAGGGCACCUCACCUUCCAGCUUUGAGUACACCAUCCUGGACCCCAACUCUCAGCGCCUGUGCCCUCGGGCACUGCCUCCUGAGCUGCCUCCCACGCCACCUCACCUGAAGUACCUGUACCUUGUGGUGUCCGAUUCCGGCAUCUCAACAGAUUACAGUUCAGGGAGCUCCCAGGGAGUUCACGGAGACUCAUCUGAUGGCCCCUAUUCCCACCCCUAUGAGAAUAGCCUUGUUCCGGACCCAGAGCCUCGGCACCCCAGCUACGUGGCCUGCUCCUAGGACUCCAGCCUACAAGAUCCCAACCCCCCAACUUCUUGAACAAGGUUGGUGAGGACAUACUUGAAGUCACAGCUGACCUUGGCCCUCUGCCCAGCCCAAUCCUGCCCAGGAAGCGACAGCCUUGCACUGUUAAGAUGGACAGUUAUCUGUGUACAGAAAUAUAUACAUAGCGAUUUUUCUACCAUGA